CGUGAGGUUUGUCGUGGUGAAUCAGGAGGAGGAAAAAAAAUGCUCAAAAUGGAAAUUACAAUAGAAUUGCACUUCUGGAUACCUUAACCCUUAAUGUAGACGUGAGAAUGGAGACCAAAUGUUUGUAUCUGCUUGGAAAUGUGUUUAAUAGCUGUUCCCUGGAUAAUUGUCUCCAUCCGUGCAUAAAUGACAUGAGCGUGCUUGUGAGAAAGUGUGUAAUUACCAACCAAAAGUCCAAACUUCGGAUACUGUUGUUAAAACGUCUCGAGAUAUGGUAAUAUCAUAAAACAGCGCAGGCGCUCAUUUAUUCACGGAGCGUUUUGGCGCGUCUCUAUUUGUAUUUCAGCGGCGGCACGGGAUGGGGCAGCGCUCCGUUUUUACGCAUUUGGAUACAUACAGCUGCUAAACGGAAACGUUGACGAGGACAGAGACGGAGCGUUGUGGAAACGACGGAGUUAAACGUUAUUCAAUCAGUUUAAUUAAUUAUCAUCUCUAAAGAGCACACCACUAGAAGUGGCGUUAACGUCACUCUCUCCCGCCUAUCAAGCGCCUAGUAUGCGAUAUCUGAAGUGAGGCACGGCGUCCGCUUGUCCUGAUAUGCCUCAUACGCGAAGAUGACAGGACUAGAGCGCAUCUCAAGAAUUCACACGGAAGCCGACUUUCUCCCCCACGUCAUCAUUGUUUCAAGAUAACCUUUCCGGAGAGAAUAUCAUCAUAUAACAAAGUCUAUGGUUUUUGAUUGAAGAGAGAUUUAGAUAGAAACGACAUGCUUUUCAGGGAAGUAGAAAUAUAGAAAGUCACCGGGGGUGAAAUAUGGAGCGUGGAUUAUUCAACCACCUGUUCUCAGCUGGGACCACUGCGUUCUGUUGUUUCUUCUUAUGUGAGUCAAUUUUCUGUCUUGAGAAAGCCCAUUCACAUGCGGAGGACGAGCUUUUCAAAAAGCUCUUCAUCGGGUACAACAAGUGGUCCAGACCCGUACCCAACAUCUCAGACGUGGUCAUCGUCAAGUUCGGACUCUCCAUAGCACAGCUUAUCGAUGUGGACGAGAAGAAUCAGAUGAUGACCACCAACGUCUGGCUGAAACAGGAGUGGAAUGACUACAAGCUACGCUGGAAGCCGUCUGACUACGACAAUGUCACGUCCAUCAGAGUCCCGUCUGAACUCAUCUGGGUCCCAGACAUCGUCCUCUACAACAAUGCGGACGGUGAGUUCGCCGUAACCCACAUGACCAAGGCCCACCUGUUCCACAAUGGGAAGGUGCGCUGGGUUCCCCCGGCCAUCUAUAAGUCCUCCUGCUCUAUAGACGUUACCUUCUUCCCCUUCGACCAGCAGAACUGCAAGAUGAAGUUUGGUUCCUGGACUUACGACAAGGCUAAGAUUGACCUGGAACGAAUCGAGAACACUGUGGAUCUGAACAACUACUGGGAGAGUGGAGAGUGGGCCAUCAUCAACGCAGUGGGAACCUACAACACCAAGAAGUACGACUGCUGUCAUGAGAUCUACCCUGAUAUCACCUACUUCUUCAUCAUCAGACGGCUGCCUCUCUUCUACACCAUCAACCUGAUCAUCCCCUGUCUGCUCAUCUCCUGUCUGACCGUCCUAGUCUUCUAUCUUCCCUCAGACUGUGGGGAGAAGAUCACUCUGUGUAUCUCCGUCCUCCUCUCCCUCACCGUCUUCCUGCUCCUCAUCACGGAGAUCAUCCCUUCCACCUCCCUGGUCAUCCCUCUGAUUGGAGAGUAUCUCCUCUUCACCAUGAUCUUCGUCACUCUCUCCAUCGUCAUCACCGUGUUUGUCCUCAACGUCCACCACCGCUCCCCGGGGACCCAUAAGAUGCCUCGCUGGGUCCACUCUGUCUUCCUGGACCUGAUCCCGAGGUGGCUGUUCAUGAGGCGGCCCGCGCCGGACGGACGGAGACGCAGGUUGUUGUUGCUCCAGCAGGGGGCAGCAGUGGCACGGCACCAGGGACGGACCAUCACCACAAGACUACCAGGCCUAGUCCGUCCUCCCUGCCUCAGCACCUCAGCCAGCUGGCUUCGGGAUGGAGGAGGUGGGACCACGGAGGAUCCCCAGAGACGGACGCCCUGUUAUGAGGACCUGGAGCUGGGGGCUUUGACCUCGUACUUCUCCUUCCGCCCUCCGUCACCCAGACCCCCGGGCUCCACUCCUCCACCCCAGCAGAACCACCCACCCCCAGGGGCAGGGCAGCCCCAGAACCGCCUGGACAGGGGAGGAGGAGGAAGAGGGGUGAAUAGAAGGGUUAACGCCACCCAGCGACCGGAUAAGAUAGAUAACUUGGUGUCAGAGUCUAGAGGGGUAGAGUUCCCUCUGUCUCCCAGCGUUAUACGGGCUCUGGAGGGGCUGCACUACAUCGCAGACCACCUGAGGGCAGAGGACGCUGACUUUAGUGUGAAGGAAGACUGGAAGUACGUUGCCAUGGUGAUCGAUCGUAUCUUCCUGUGGAUGUUUAUCAUCGUGUGUCUGCUGGGUACCAUCGGUCUCUUCCUUCCUCCCUGGUUGGCCGGCAUGAUCUAGGACCUUGGGGUGUCUGUGAUACCCGCCCACGGAGCGGAGUACCAUGGGACUGGCACUACAGUGACAGGCCGGUGGUAGGAGAGGAGACAGAUGAAGGACCGUCACUAAGUUAGUAGGAUGACUACCGAUAAGGGAGAUGCAUUAAGUCCCCCGGACGUGGCGUGGUGAGAGAGGAGCGCCGUCCCACAGUAACCUGCGCCGCUCGGUCAUGUUGUCAACAAGGCAGCACGGUGCAUCGUCCAGGAAACAUAUCUUUUACAUCAAAUAUAUAUGUUUGAAUUUUCAAACUAGUUUUCAUUGGGAAGGCUGAUGUAAAGCCUUUUUGUUAUUAAAAGAAGUCCCUUUUGCAUGUGAAAACACAGACUCCUACAACACGUGCUGAACCCACGUGCUGAACCCACGUGCUGAACCCACGUGCUGAACCCACGGAACUUCUGUUUUGUUUUGAGCCCGGGAGGCAGCCAUGUUCCACAUGGUUCCAUCAACGCUAACCCGGCUCAACCCGGUUCAACCCGGGUCAUUAAUAGAAUCCCCUAAAUGCCCUGCUUCAUAUUGGAGAAGCAAUGACUUGUGGGUAAAUUCUAUCCAAUAAGAUUUACUUGGCUGUUUUCAAGGAAGUAAGGGGCAGAAAGAAGACUAACUUCUGAGUGUGAACUCUGACUCAGUUUGUACUACUUCUCUCACACUCACUCACUCACUCACUCACUCACUCACUCACUCACUCACUCAGCCAUAACAUUAUAAAGCAUAUUCUUUAACAAUGUGUAGCUGUGUAGUAAAGACUGUAUAAAUAGAAAAGGCACAUUUUGGGGGAAUGAAUAGGAAUAAACAUGGCUUUCAUAAACGUUCCUACAUCCUGUAUAAUUGCACAGAAAGCAUAUGCUUUCCUUUCCAAAGUACAACACUAUAUCACAGUUGAAAUUAAUCUACAAUAAAACCGGUUAUAAAAAUUGUGAUUUGAAAAAAAAAAAAGGUAAUGAGAAGUAGUAGUACAUCCAUCAAGUCAAACGUCUAGAAACAAAUUCACACAUUCCAUAAAAUAAAAAAUAUACUAAAUAUAAAAAAGAAUUGGUCACACUAAAACUAUUUUCUUGAUCUGGCCAGCAUUACUGGGAAGAACCGCAGGAAGAUAACCUGCAAGUAAAUUCUCCGUUAUACCUAAGCAGACAGAGAGAAUGUGACUAUUUAAAAAAAAAAAAUGAUUUUCUUAAAAGAGAUUGACCGAUACGAUCCUAUACGUUUUAGCCAGUAGUUCUGAAGUAGCGCUUUACGAGCCUAAAGUGGUCCCUGUAAAUUGUGUUCUCUCUCUCUCUCUCUCUCUCUCUCAGCAGGCGUCUUGCUAGCUGUCAGUAAAAUGUGAGGGACUAGCUCAUUGGCUAUAACUGUUAUUGCUAGGGGGCUGCGCAGAAAUGCAAAUGCUUUCCGUUUGAGUUAUGUUAGGUUUUAUUUUCAUCGUGUUGGGAAAUGUAGGCAAAAUGACAGCGGCACAGCUUCAAGGAAACAG